GUGACUCUUUUUAUGACUCUUUCUAAAUAACUUACAUUACUUAAUCAGUACCGUAUACGUAUGACUCUUUCCAAAUAAUCGAAUUUGUAGAAUAUUUUUCCUGCAGAAUUGCAUUCAAAAGACAUAAACUACGUUACUCUCCCAAAUAGAACUGAAGGUCACAUAAUUGAACCGCGAAGAAGAAGAAGAAAUUAAAGAAGAUCAAGAAUGCGUAUGGAGAUGAUGAUGAUGAUCCCAAAGUUCUGCAAGCUUUGCGGCAAGCAAUUCGCCAGCGGGAAGGCUCUCGGAGGCCACAUGCGCUCGCAUUUGGCUCCUCUUCCCGUCCCGCCCAAGACGCCGCCGCAGAAUCAAGAUUCCGGCGACCUCAGCCGAUCUGCUGAUCGGGGAAUUAUUAGAUCCAAGAGAGCCCGCGGGCUGUUCGUCGAAGAGGACGACGAUGGUGAUGAAACGGAAUCUGGGUCUUUGUGCGAUGAAGAAAACGGGGCUUGGUGUCUUCUCUUGCUGUCCAAUGGCGUCUGGGGAGGAUCCGAUGACUGCCCGGCGGAGAAACAGGGGAGAAAGAGGCCGAAGAUCAAAGAGGAUUUCCGGUGUGAGAUUUGUGACAGAGUGUUCAAGUGCUCGCAGGCGCUGGGCAGCCACAGAACAGUUCACAGAAACAAGAUGAAGGCGGCAGCGGCGGCGGCCGAUGACGGCGGCGGCCACAGAGUUCAUGAGUGUCCGUUUUGCGGGAAGGUUUUCGGGUCGGGUCAAGCGCUCGGCGGGCACAAAAGAUCGCACGCAUUCGGGUCGAGUUCGGGUUCCUGCUCUUCGGAGCUGGAAGAGAGCUUGGUGGAAUCGAUUCAGGACAGUGAUCAAAUGGUUCUGAUGGAUCUCAACUUCCCGGCGCCGGCGGCCGGGUAUUAAGAAAGACCAGUCAAAGAAGAAGAGGUUGAAUACAGGGGCAAAAGAGUAAAACCACAUGCAGCAUUGUUGUUUUGUUUUGAGUUGGGAUGAGAAAUUUUGGAAGCAAAGUUGGGUUCUUUUUGCUGACAAUUUGUUCUUUUUGGUUAUGUUUUUUUUUUCAAUUGAGAGGAGAAAAUCAAGAAAUUGAUCAACUUUUU